UUGGCAACUCAACCCGCCUUGAUCGUUAUGCUUCCUCCUUCGCCAUUUCGUUUGAAUUAAUGUCGUUUAAAUUUAAUUAAAUUUGUUAUUAAACUGUGACUCUUCAAUUAAAAUCCAAGAUGAGUUACUCAAGAGGUGCUCCUAAUAUUGAUGGAAUGACUUCUUUAAAGGUGGAUAACUUAACGUACCGCACUACACCUGAAGAUUUAAAACGAGUUUUUGAAAAGUACGGCGAUGUUGGAGAUGUUUAUAUUCCAAGACAUCCAUAUACCAGAGAGAGCAGAGGGUUUGCUUUUGUUCGCUUUUACGAUAAUCGAGAUGCAGAAGACGCUAUGGAUUCUUUGGAUGGCUAUAUCUUAGAUGGACGUGAAUUGAGAGUUCAAAUGGCUAGAUAUGGUCGACCUGGUGAUCCUAGGCGAGGUUCAAGAUCAAGACGCCGGCGUUCCCGCUCCAGAUCACGUAGCAGAAGCCGACGACGAUCUCGCUCCAGAUCUAGGAGGUCCAGAUCAAGAUCACGAUCAAGACGUCAUCGUAGUCGCUCUAGAAGUCGUUCUGGUAGUCGUCAUCGUCGAGAUGAGAGAUCUAGAUCUGAUAGUGCUGGGAAAAAGAAGAGAGAUAGUAAGUCCAAAAGCCGAUCUAGGAGCAUAAGUAGAGAUAAAAAUGGUGAAAGGGAAAGAAGUUUAAGUCGAAGCAAGUCUCGAAGUAGAAGCAGAAGUGCAAGCCUUGAUAAGGAAGUCAAGAAUGAUAUUGACUUGAGAGAUGGAAGCCGAAGUCGAUCUCACAGCAUUGAAGCUGAAAUUUAAGCUCCAUUAGUAACCACAAGAAUUCAUCUGUCAUCUUCUAAAAUGUGAAAGUGCAGCCCUUUUUUAAAGGUUAUAAUUUUUUUUUUAUAUGUACUUUUUUGGCAUGAACUAUCACUCCAAAAGUGUUAAAACUUUAUAAUUAGUUCAUACAUAUUAUUUGAUAUUCAUGCAUAAUGGUUCAUUUAAUUUAACUACUUCGCAGCUUCGAGUAAAUGUGCUAAAGGAUUGAUAGGUAUGUUUAAAAUUAAAAUUGCCUGCUAAUAUGAAUCAUGUUAAAAAAAAAUUUCUUGUUACUUUGUAUGAAGUGUAUUAUGAUUAAGUAUUUUUUGAAUAAAAGUAAUGUUUUUAAAUUUUGAUCGUUUAUCCAAUAUUAAAUUUAUGGUGGAAUUUGUGUUUGUGAUAUAAUUUAAACUGCUUGAUCUGACAAUUUUUGUAUUGUCUGUAACCACAGGCGCAGUAGUAUGCUGUAAUUGGUGAGCUGUGGCAGUCACAUGGUGCUGAUCCUGUGGUGUGCUGUCCUGAUCCUGGUCCGGUUGCUGAUUAAAUUCCGGGUUCCAGCGUAGCAGUUGUUCCGGGGAAUAUGUGGCCGAAAGUUUACCUUUCUUUCUCUUUUUGAAAAUUUAACUCAAAAUUUGAAUGAGUUGGAACCCCAUUAAAUUUAAAUUUUAGCCUGAAAUAUUUGAAGCUAUUGCUUUUCAGAAAAUAACAGCAUGACUUGGCUGGUUUAAAUAAGUGAAAAUAUUUCAAACAUAAAGAACUUGAAAUAAUUUCACUGUUACCGAGAUCCCGAAUGUAUUACGCCAAAUGGUAAAGUGUGAUUUUUCUUUACAAUCUUUUGUAUUAAGCACUUAUAUCUGGGACCUUAUGCAAGUACAGCUAAUGUGGGUUAUUUGUAAGGUAUGUAAUUGCCUUACAAAUAUCCUAACAAUUUCAGCUUAAGUAAAUUUAGAAAAUGACUGCUUUCCUUCAACCAAUGUCAUGUCAUAAACAUUAAAGUAUUUGUUCCAACAUUAUUUAGGAAUUAAACAAAGCAUUACCACAUUAUUUGUCCUUGCAUCAUGUCAAAGAUUUAAUAAAAGUUGUUUGUUUAAUUGCUAGAUUCAUUUUCAGGUCGAAGCAGAAAAGUUCAGUUUGUGAAGUAGUAAUUUUGUAGAUUGAUGUCUGAUUUAUUAGAAAAAUAAAAAUUUAUCAACUGUCAUGAAAUAAA